UGGCAGCGAGGCGAGAGCCGUGCUGGAGGAGCGCCGGGACGAGUUCGAGCACGACAUGGUGAUGCCGCACUUCCAGCGCGUCGCCAUCAGCGGAGAGGACACGUCGGGGGUAAGUGGAGCUGGCAGCGAGGCGGGAGCCGUGCUGGAGGAGCGCCGGGACGAGUUCGAGCACGACAUGGUGAUGCCGCACUUCCAGCGCGUCGCCAUCAGCGGAGAGGACACGUCGGGGGUAAGUGGAGCUGGCAGCGAGGCGGGAGCCGUGCUGGAGGAGCGCCGGGACGAGUUCGAGCACGACAUGGUGAUGCCGCACUUCCAGCGCGUCGCCAUCAGCGGAGAGGACACGUCGGGGGUAAGUGGAGCUGGCAGCGAGGCGGGAGCCUUGCUGGAGGAGCGCCGGGACGAGUUCGAGCACGACAUGGUGAUGCCGCACUUCCAGCGCGUCGCCAUCAGCGGAGAGGACACGUCGGGGGUAAGUGGAGCUGGCAGCGAGGCGGGAGCCGUGCUGGAGGAGCGCCGGGACGAGUUCGAGCACGACAUGGUGAUGCCGCACUUCCAGCGCGUCGCCAUCAGCGGAGAGGACACGUCGGGGGUAAGUGGAGCUGGCAGCGAGGCGGGAGCCGUGCUGGAGGAGCGCCGGGACGAGUUCGAGCACGACAUGGUGAUGCCGCACUUCCAGCGCGUCGCCAUCAGCGGAGAGGACACGUCGGGGGUAAGUGGAGCUGGCAGCGAGGCGGGAGCCGUGCUGGAGGAGCGCCGGGACGAGUUCGAGCACGACAUGGUGAUGCCGCACUUCCAGCGCGUCGCCAUCAGCGGAGAGGACACGUCGGGGGUACCCUUGGAAGACUUGCAACAAGCCUCCUCCUACCUGGUGCAGGCGCUAGACAUCCGCAAGCGCUACAUGGAGAUGUCCCACCAGAGCUUCUGCACCAUCACCGCUCGCUUCCUGAGGAAUAUGGACCCUGACGCGCCGGCCAACCAUGCGCCUUACACUAAGGGUCCUAGUGGACAUAUAGCAGAUCACGUAGUGCACCCACCGUUCAGGGACAAGGACCCGUGGGAGUGCCACAUGCCAGAGCCGAAGGACUACGCCAUCCGCUCCGACCGUGGCGUCUUCAACCUGUAUACUAAGGGCGCAGACGGCCAGGAGACCAGAGUGCCGUACGAGUAUAUACCUCUGUCGGAGUACAUUCAGGAUAUGAGUACGAUGUGCAACAUGAUCGCGGAUGGACCGCUGAAGUCCUUCUGCUACCGGCGACUGUCCUACCUGUCGUCCAAGUUCCAGCUUCACGUGCUGCUCAAUGAGCUCCGGGAACUAGCUUCACAAAAGGCUGUGCCACAUCGCGACUUUUACAACAUCAGAAAAGUGGACACUCACAUCCACGCAGCAUCGUGCAUGAACCAGAAGCACCUGUUGCGCUUCAUCAAGAAGACCCUGAAGAACCACGCCGACGAGGUGGUGACGCUGCACAAGGGCGUGCCCAUGACCCUCAAGGCCGUCUUCCAGUCCAUGAACCUGAGCACCUAUGACUUGACUGUGGACAUGCUGGAUGUGCAUGCGGACCGAAACACGUUCCAUCGGUUCGAUAAGUUCAACGCGAAGUACAACCCCAUCGGCGAGUCCAGACUCCGUGAGGUGUUCCUCAAGACCGACAACCACAUGAACGGAAAAUACUUUGCUAGGAUUAUAAAGGAAGUGGCUUCGGACUUGGAGGAGAGUAAAUACCAGAAUGCGGAGCUCCGUCUGUCCAUCUACGGCAAGAGCACGAACGAGUGGGCCAAGCUGGCCAAUUGGGCCAUCCAGUACGACGUGCACUCCAACAACGUGCGGUGGCUCAUCCAGAUACCUAGGCUUUACGAUAUCUUCAAAUCGAACAAGAUCAUGAACAACUUCCAAGAGCUCCUGACGAAUAUUUUCCUGCCCUUGUUCGAAGUCACCAAGGACCCCAAUAGUAACAUAGAGCUGCACAAAUUCCUAACGCACGUGGUCGGCUUCGACAGCGUAGACGAUGAAUCCAAGCCCGAGAAUCCGAUCUUGGACCCCGAGGUCCGCGCCCCGGGCGACUGGGACGACGAGGAGAACCCCCCCUACGCGUACUACCUCUACUACAUGUAUGCCAAUAUCACCGUGCUCAACCACUUCCGCAAGGAGCAAGGGCUGAACACGUUCGUCCUCCGCCCGCAUUGCGGCGAGGCUGGACCUGUACAGCAUCUCGUCUGCGGGUUUAUGCUUGCUGAGAACAUCUCCCACGGACUGCUGCUUAGGAAGGUUCCAGUACUGCAGUACCUGUACUACCUGACGCAGAUCGCGAUAGCCAUGUCUCCGCUCAGCAACAACUCCCUGUUCCUGAACUACCAUCGCAACCCGCUGCCAGAGUUCUUGGCUAGAGGACUCGCCAUCACGCUCAGCACAGAUGACCCGCUGCAGUUCCACUUCACCAAAGAGCCGCUGAUGGAGGAGUACAGCAUCGCGACGCAAGUGUGGAAGCUGUCUUCCUGUGACAUGUGCGAGCUGGCGCGCAACUCCGUGCUGAUGUCCGGCUUCCCGCACGAGAUGAAGCAGUACUGGCUGGGCCCCAACUACAUGAAGGAGGGCGUGGCCGGCAACGACAUCACGCGCACCAACGUGCCCGACAUCCGCAUCUCCUUCCGCUACGAGGCGCUGCUCGACGAGCUCACCAACAUCUUCAAGGAAGGGAUGUCGGCCCACCAGAUGAACGUGGCUUCCCGCUCGCGGCGCACUGUCACUGAACCGGGGCCCGAAAACCACAUUACCAAUUAGAUUCUUGUAAAUGGGGUUGCCACCUGUUCUUAGUUAAAUAUAUAAUUUACACUAAUUACAUGUUUUCCGAAAAUUGGUGUCACAAAGUACACCUGAGGAAAAAAUUGUGUCUGCGUCAUAAAAGCGUGAGCUUUGUUUCUAUAACUUUUCAACGAUAAACCAAGCCAAAAUAUAGUAAUUAUAAUGGUGGCAGCCCCUGUUCAUAUACCAAAGGGUCAUACACGGGUCUUACAACAGUUAAAAAGCAACUGACGUGGGCAACUUAUUAAUAAAAAAAAAUUUACCUACCGCGUCUUGUGAUAGAUCUUUAGGUACUUGAGUCACAUAUUUAAAUCGCUAUUUCGUUUAAAGCCUGUGUACGACCUCAGUAAAAAAAACGUUGUAAAGAUUUUAUUGACCCAUAAUAUUUAAGAUUAAAAUCAUGUUUUAAUUGUAGUUGUUAAUAUAAUCAUUUUAUAUCUUUUGUUUACUAUUUGAAAAUUAUGAUAGGCAAACUAUGCCCCAAAAAAAAUUAAGUGUAAUGUUAAUGUGAUAAAGUUCCCCAUGUGAUAACUAGGUGAAUACAAAUGAAAGUGCCAUUACAUUCCUUGUUGAAGUUUCGAAUUUCCUGUAUUGGUGGUUCAGUAGAGAGAAUAAGAAUUUUUGCACGAAUGCUGCACGGAAACACAGCCAGUUUUAUCUGUACAGCCUAGAAAAAGAGUAGAACAUAAUAGAGGCGCCACUGUCUAUGUAAACCAUGUUGCAUGUGACAAUGACGAGUAUUGAGUCACUUUUGUGUGAGAAAAGUAAGUGUUGCUUAAUGUAUGAUAAAAAAAGUUUAUUUCUACUCGUUUUUGCCAUGCUAUAACUGACAUUUUUGCAUUUCGCGUGACACACUUGCUUUUUAUAAGUUUAUAAUAAAAUGAGUCUAACUACCCAAAGUAGUAUAGAAUAUGUAUGUUGUGUUUUCGUGCAAAAAUUCUUGUCUAAUCCUGAUUCAUUAUCCCUUUAUCCAAAAUACUAAUAAGGUAGACGUGGACAAGCUUUGUAUCUAAAGAAUUACUUACUCCAAAUCUAUCUGUCUAUUAUUUUUUCCUUGUUUAUAAAUCGUAUAAGCAGAAAAUAUUUGGUUCUCUCAUAUUUAACUGCUCUUUUCCUUGUUAGUCCAGUAUAAAAUAAAAAAAAUCCUAUUAUACGAAAUCAAGUUUAAUAUUUAACCUUUAAAAUAACUUUGUAUUUAACCUCAUGAUCAAUGCUACGUACUUAAAGAAAAAAAAAUGUUAUAAUACUUAGUCACUUUCAUUAUCUACGCAUAUUAAUGACAACAUUGCGUUAUGGGACACAUUAUUUAACAAACUCACAUUUUGUUACGGAUAUCGUACUUAGUUAUUUACUAAUUGUUCUUGUUAACCUAUUAUUAAUGUUAUAUCAGGGUGAUCGCCUAACUGACCUCAUGUCGUAACUAAAUAUUAUGUAAUUCUACUCACACUCACAUAAUCUGAUCUCAUCCCACUUCUGAUGUCGUGUUCUAUCUUCAUUUUCUUGCAAAAUUAAAUAUUGUUUGUACCUAGUGCUGCAAUUAUGGUAUGAUGGUAGUUUAAUAACAUUUGAGUUUAGUGUAAACAGUAAAUACAGAAAUUCAAAUAAUUUCAGUCAUCUAAUAUUCACAUUGGAUUAAAUCAGGUUGUGUGUGAGAUAUGGAAUAUGGUUGUCUAUUUUGUUGUUCACAAGUUCACAUUACAUAUGUACAAUUGUACAAUUUAAAUAAAAACUCAGACUAAAAUCUUAUCACAAUUGCAAUAAGGGUGUCUACGAUUUUAACUAUUAGUACCUAAGUAUUCUAUAUGAUAUAGGUAUUUUGAAAACGCACAAAGAGUCAUUGUUCAAAAGUUUCAAUUGGUUCGGGGAAGAGUUUUGAAUGUAUACGUGUGCACUGUGCAGUCAUUCAACCGAGUGCCUCUAAGCUAAGAUGUCAUAACUACAACGAAUUUUCUCUCCAACUUUGCGAUUGUGAUGAGAUUUUGUCACUUGAUCAGCUUUAUUUUUGGUUGUGUUAUAAUCGCUUAUUGUUUGUUUGUCCACUUUUGUGUGAACCUCAAGAAAAAUACAUCAAGAAUUUCAUUGUCAUAGAUAUUUUUAUAAAAGAGCAAAGAAUGGAAUAUAAUUUUUGUACUCAAUUAUAAAAAAACACAUUAGAAGCAAUGAAAUAAUUUGCAUGUAUUUACCGAGUAGAUUUCGUUUAUAUAUUAUCCUUAUUAAGUAUAUAUUUGUGUAAAAGUAAUGAGAAAAUUUCUUUUUUGACCGUAGUAAUCGCACUCAGUAAGACUAAAAAUAUAAAAGGUAACGAUUGUUGUUCGUACUUAAUUCAUAAAUAAAUGUAAGUAGACAUUUUGCAAGUUUUGCAACCGACAUAAUUAGGUAAAUAAUUAUGGUAUAUAAUCAACACAAAUAAAUUAAACGAGUGAUAUAAAAGCUCGGAACCAAAUGGAAUAUUAAUGUUGGAAAUAAAUAUUGAUCACAAAAA